AUGCAGAAGCGGCGGGCGAGGGUUCAGGGCGGCUCGGGUGGAGCCCUGUUCUUGGUCUCGGUGCUGAAAAGUCUCCACCUGGAGCGCAGCGCGGGCGCCAGGCAGCUGCCCGCACGUUUAUUAAAGGUGCCCCCGCCCCGCGGCCCCGCGCGCGGUGCUCCGCCUUUCCUCGCUCCCCGCCCGCUCCCACCCUCCAGGGCCCUGCAGGGCCGGUCCCCCACUCCCAGGCAGGGCGAGCGACGGAGGGGAGGUGGACCUGAGCCCUCGAGCCCUCGCCGGCAGAACCCGGGAGGCCGAGCGCGACGCUUCGCGUCCGGCUCUGGGCGUGCGCCCUGGUUCGGGUACGUGGCGUCCUGCCUGAGCCUCGGGAUGGGGGAGGAGAAUGAAGGUCCUUUGCAGUCCAUUCAGGAAAAGGAUGAGAGUGGAAUGCCCCAGGAUGCUUUCUCUCUUCAAUCGCUUAUUACUAAUGCAUUCCAUGAUGAAGGAUUUCAGAAAAUCAAAGAAUAUUUUCAGGGACAGCGCCAUGAACUGGAUAAAAAUGAAUUCCAGCAUGUUUCUCUGUUGCUGAAAUGUAUCCAGCGAUUCUUCAUUGAUGGCCUCAAAGAAGAUGAGCCUUUACUGAUUAAGCAGGGUCUGAUCCCAAAGAUAAGUUGUAUAAGUAUUUCUUUUCUUGUGCACAUGGUUUCCUGGUUUGAAAGAACAGUGGGAUUUCUGACCAUGGCAGACCUAGCUUCAGACACAUCUCUGAAGAAUGUGACAGAAGAUUUUUUUGACACAGCCUUGACUAUUUCCAGAAGCAGUAGUAAAGGGAAAAUUCAGAUGUUGAAUUCCUUCAUAUUGACCUUGGGAUUUCUAGUGACAGAAGAAGCUGUAAAUCCUUUGAUCCAACGGGAGGCACUGAGGACCUUGAACGGCAUUCUGCAAGCUGUCCCUCGGGAAGAGAGAAGGCGGCUCCUCUUGUUGGAAGGCCCCUGCCGCCUUAUGAAAGACCUUGCAAGGACAAUCUUGACUGUGGGUGAUUAUGACCAGCAGGUGGCUCUCUGUGAAGCGUUGUGUAGACUGACGAUGAGAAAAUCCAGGGAGGACUUUGUCCCUCAGUGGUUUGAAGAUGACACCAUUGCUAAGGCUUUCAAAGAAAUUAACGACCGAGAAUUUGAGACGGAUUGUAGACGGUUUGUCAAUCACCUAAAUGACAGACUUGGUGACCAAAGAAGGGUCUAUUCAUUUCCAUGCAUUGCUGCUUUUGCUGGUGAGCAUGAGAUGCGAAAACCUGCAGAUGAAAAAUUAGAGAAAUUUUGGAUUGAUUUCAACCUCGGGAGUCAGAGUGUAACUUUUUAUAUAAACAAUCCUGAGAGUGAUCUGUGGGACUCAGUAAGACUUUUGAAGGAAGCAGUGAUGAAUUUCAGCAUACUGGAAACUGAGAUGAAGAUGCUCAAAAUUUACCUGAAGAAGCCAAUUAAUAUCCGAAACAAAGAAGUGAUGAAAAUAGAAAUCCAUUUUGAACUGCAAUUCAACAUAUCACAAGCUUCCAUUAAAGCUUUAGGAGAAGACAAACAGGUGAUGCCUGACCAGACAAAAGUCUCAGCCGUUUUUGGUGAAUUAGAGAAAGAAGACCCUGAGAUUCCUAGCAGCCACAAAAUAGAGACAGACGAAGCAAAGGACUCCACGGAGCCGGCAGAGGUAACCAGGGCUGAAGACGACCACCACCUGAUAACUGUCCCCUUAAACAACCAGUCUGAGCCUGCUCAAACAAAUACAGCUGAUGAUUCACCUGAAAAAUCCAAACUGGAUGAUACACAAAAAGUUACUUCAGAACGCGAGUAUUCUGUAGAUUUACAAGAAUCAUCAGCAACAAUUCAGUUUCCUACAUUAAAUGAUGCAUCUAGGAAAGAUUCUGCUUUUGAGGAUAAUAGAAAGCAAGAAACAAGGAUGUCGUUUGAUUAUAGGAAACACCUUUUCUCGGAGAGUAAUCAAGAUUCAAGUAGUAGUGGCAGUGAGCUGUCUUGGACCAGUGACCGAAAAAGGAAAUCCUUGAAGUCGUAUCCUAGUAGGAAAAAGACAAGAACCAGGAGAAGCAGCUUGAGAGUCUUGCCUCCUUUCCCUCCCAGCAGUGGCAUCGACCUUGAGAAAGAUCGAGUUAAAAUUCUAACACCCUUAUCGAAGGAUGCCUCCAGGCAAAAUAAUGUCACACCUCCCAAAAUUUCUGGAACCGAAUUUCAGAGUAGUUCUGCCUUUUUAACUCCUGAAGAUUCUGCCCAGAAAACAAAGCUUCACAGCCCCAGCCCACUGAGCGAUCUUUCUUCGCUGGGGCACUCAGAUGUUGAAGAAAAUGUAUCUAAGACUGUGGCCCCAGAGUCAUUGAUGAAAAGUACUAGCUUCCAACAUAAACUGCAAAAUAUAGAAGACAGAGACACAGCCGACCGUCACGGCGCUAAGUGGAAACAGCCACGAUUGGAAGACGGUGGUGAACCAGGAGCCCUUUCCUCGGUGGCAGAGGCUGAGUUGGCAGAAGGCAUUUCAACUUCAUCCUUAAACGUUACGCCAGAGAACUUGAAAGGUUCUGUGAUGAUCACAGCUUUUGAAAACUUCACUAGAGAACUGAAAAGAAACUAUGAGCUUAGGUACAGAAGGAGCCCACUUUAUUCCAAAAAUGCAAAGGAAGUACCAGAUUGCCUGAUAGAACUUUUAAACCAGAUACAUCAUCGCAGGCUGAAUAAACUAGAACAGUUUCACAGCUUUGUUCUUCAAGAGCUGAGCAAUCUUGACAAGGAUGUCGACGUUCUCCAACACCUUGAGGACGAUGUUCUGGAAUUUUGGGGGAAGCAGUCAGCUGACCUGAAAUCAUUCUGUGAACUGCAGCUGAAGAGCCUGAGCCACGGGAAGGAGAUAAAGCAGCCUCCGGCCACACAGGCAGUGCCUUAG